UUGCAACUCUGCUGCGCUAUCAACAAACUUAAGGAAGAGCAAACUGCGAGGAUAAAUUGCACGAGGACAUGCGCUCACUUGACCAAAGAUCUUGUAAGAACACAACUGACCUAUGAGGUAAGGAAUACAAUUCGAGAUCAUUUCUCUUUCACUUGGAUGAGCUGCAAGUUCACAUUUCAGACGUCAUUCCAUUGUGCGUUUACAAUGCUUUUAUAUUAUAUUACGCUAAUUGAAAAACAGAGCUCGGACUACACAUAACUUCAAGCAGCAGUCUGUGGAAAGUUUCGGAGACACUUCUGUUAAUUGCGGGGCUGAGUCUUUAAUUAGUUCUGUGCAUUAAUAAUUGAACUAAGUUAGGGUGGAUUCAAUUGCAACAUACGCGUAUAGCUGUAGCAUUUUUAUUGUUUUUAAAAACAAUAAAAAAUUCCAACGGGUAAAUAUAUACGUGUAUGUUGCAAAUGAAUCCACCCUUAAUGAAUACACUUAUGGUUUGGCAAAUGCGUGAAGUUAAUUGGCGAUUUAACUGGGAUAUAUUAUUGUAUUUAAAACUAAUCUGUGAAGCGGUUUAUAAGAUCUUUUAUAUACGCGCCCUUAACGGUUGUGAACCCGGUGCACUCAGAACUCGAUUUGCUUACUUCGGGUAUUUGCUUUAAAAUCUCUUCCUUCUAUUAAAAGAGUUGAUGUGUGUCUGACAAACUGACAACUUUGUGAUGAAAUCCGUCAUGCGGCGGAUGUUGGACAUUCAUGCAUAAUGUACUGUUUGCCGUUUUAAGAGUUGCAUUAUUGAUGAUUUAUCUAUUGAUAUGAUCAUGGCAUUUAAUAUCUGUCUUUGCCAUCCUCGAGUGAAAUCUUAUUCUCACUAAAAACUGUCAUAAGUCUUUCCUUUAUUCUGCCCGCUGUCAAGGAUAGUUAUUCACAUGGAAAACUAUAACUCCGUAAAAUAAGCAUUUUAUUUCGUGCCGGAUCGUUUGACUAAGAGUUUGCAUGGAAAUGAAUCAGCAUGAAGAACAAUGAGACAAAAAUACAUGUAACACCCGAAAGGUUUUGUAGGUCACGUUUGAGACUGCUCAGAUUCAUGAAAUAAUAUUAUUACUUGUAUGUUGUUUUUCCUUUGUUUUAGCUUAGCUUUAAAACUCUGUUCCGACUAUUCAUGAUUCUUCGUAAAUAAUGUCUUCUUAGAUGUAACGCAAAUACAGUACGCAUAGAAGGUUCCUGUUUUCUCCAAUACCUUCUCUUUAUUUCCAGUCACGUUUCACUCUAGUCUUGAUUACUAAGUAUCGGCUUAAUUCCUUAGAAAUUUCUCGAAGCCAAUUGUUUUGCACACUGGACGUAAUUCGAGUCCGCCCUAAGCAAUGUGGUUAAAUAAAAUAGCUGAAAGAAAUACGUCACACACCUGACCUCUGGUUACUCCGGGUUAUCAUCACGAUUUCUUUGGGAAUUUAAUAGGGAACUUUAUCAUGAUCCAUAUAUUUUUUUAUACAGUCUGGAUAUUGCACGGACGCCAUGUUCAAGGCGAAGGUUGUUCGUAUUUUCUGCGUCAUGUGCCCGUGCCUGUUUGCUCUCUUACUUAACUGCUCUGCUCUCAAUUUGGGUAAAGAGCAAAAAAGACAAAUAAGAAGACGCUGCAUGGUAAAUUGUUUUCAUUCCGGUGUUGAGACAUUUAGAAGAACCCUCGCGGACAAGGUAAGGAAGUUACAACGGUGCCGUGCAUGAUGGGUGUUCUCUUGCUAUUACUAAAGUAAAUGCUUCGAAAUACAACGGCAUUCAUAAUCAAAUGCAGACUCCGUACUACUCAAAUGAAUUUCAAAUCUUAAAACAUCUGUUACAUUAUGACCACGAAAAGAAUACAUUAAUAGCAUUGACCCGUACCGAACCAAACACUAUUUUUAACAUAAUUUUGAUAUAUUUUUGAAACUAUUUUAAUUGUAUUUGAGAACUUCAUUUAAAACAGGUACCAAAUUCUAUUUUUAAUGGAGUUUUAAUCUGUUGUUAAUGGUGUUUUUACCUGUUUUUUAAUGGUGUUUUAACCUGUUUUUAAAGGUGUUUUAACCUGUUUUUAAUGGUGUUUUAACCUGUUUUAAAGGUGUUUUAACCGCUUUUUAAAGGCGUUUUAACCUGUUUUUGAAGGUGUUUUAACCUGCUUUAAAUGGUGUUUUAACCUGUUUUGAAUGGUGUUUUAACCUGCCUUUAAAUGUUGUCUAACCCUGUUUUCAGUGGUGUUUUAGGCUGUUUUUAAUGAUGUUUUAAUCAGUUUUUAAAAGUGUUUUAAUCUGCUUUUAAUGUUGUUGUAACCUGUUUUUAAUGGUGAAUUAACCUGUUUUUAAAGGUGUUUUAACUUGUUUUUAAAUGGUGUUUUAACCUUUUUUUAAAGGUGUUUUAACCUGCUUUUAUCGGUGUUUUAAUCUGCUUUUAACGGUGUUUUGACCUGCUUUUAAGGGUGUUUUAGCCUGGUUUUAAGGGUGUUUUAAUCUGUUUUUAAUAGUGUUUUAACCCGUUUUAAUUACAAAUAAAAUAAAAAUUUAAGCUCAUUCUUUGUAACAAAACUUGAAAAUAAAAGCAAGUUUUCAAAAACACCCUUAAAAGCCAGCUGAAAAACUCUUUAAAAAUGAAAUCACUUAUUUCUGGAAUUGUCUAAGCCACGUACAUGUAUGUCUUGGGAAUUUUCUUUAAAAGUCACCAUAUUCACUUAUGAUUGUUUGUUAAAAAUUAAAACAAUUCUAGAAAAGUGUAUUCUAAAAUUGUUUAAUCAAAUCCCUAAGGUUUAAUAAAGUUUCCUAACGGAAAAUAUAGUUUAUUUCCUUCUUUCCUACUAUAACACAACUAUAAGCCAAAUUCAUUUGUACAAAACAAAAGUCACAAGUUGUUGGAACAGUAAAAAAAGGACAGCCUAGCGAAGUGUACCCAAAUUUUCCGAAACUUCUUUCCCGGAAGGUUUCUUUCCAUUCAACUUUGCGCAAAUUCAUGAAAUGAUAUUAUUGCAUGCAUGUUAUUUUUCUUUGUUUUAGUUUGCUUUUAAAAGCUCCGACUCUUCAUGAUUUUUUCCGUAAAAAUCUAUUCAUAAACAGUUUUGUUGCCCUCUUAGUUGUAACGGAAAUACAGUGCACAUAAAAUGUUCCUGUCUUCUCCAAGACCUCUUUAUUUCCAAUAACAUUUCUCUCGAGCCUUGAUUACUGAGUAUCAGCUUAAUUAGCUAGAAAUUUCUCGAAACCAAUUUUUAUACAUACUGGAAGUAGGUCAAGUCCGCCUUUAGCAAUGAGAUUAAGUAAAAUAGCUUGAAGAAAUACGUCACACAGUUGACCUCUAGAGACACGUCUGAACAAUAUCCCACGUCAUCAUCCCCGGUUUUUCAUGACGAUUUUUUAGGAAAGGACACAGGCAGGAUAUUGCGCGGACGCCAUGUUCAAGGCGAAGGUUGUUCGUAUUUUUCUUGCUUAAUUGCUCUGCUUAGUAUUUGGGCAAGGACCAAAAAAGACAAAUGAGACGACGCUGCAUGGUAAAUUGUUUUCAUUCUGGUGUUCAGAAAUUUAGAAGAACCCUCGGAGCCAAGGUAAGGAAUAGAAACCGAUGGACAAACGUCGCCUGCUUGCAGUUGCAAAUCUGAUCUGUAAAUGCUGUACAGGAUGGGUGUUCUCUUGGCACUACUAGAAUAAAUGCAUUAAAAUACAACGUCAUUCAUAAUCAAAUCCAGCCACCGUACUCUUCAAAUAGAUUUUAAAUCUUAAAACUUCCGUUAUGUGGUGCUUCAGUUACGAAACGAAUACAGAAUGCAUCAAUCGUCAAUAUUGUGAAAGAUGAGGCGCUGACCAGAUAUCAUGACCACUGUUAUCGUUGACUUUAUCUUCAUCCUGCUUUAUUACUUCCAUCUUAAAAUAUCUAUAGAUGUGAAUAGUGUUGGCCAUCAUGAUGAACUUUAUGGGCAGCUGAGUCAUCAUGAAAACGGGGUUCAGAGCCGGCUUGGAACACAGAGUAGAAACCCGCAAUUAACCAAUUUGUUUAAAUGGCCGACGCAAAACGUGUCUUCAGAUAAUUUUCUCUCAAAUUAACACCAGUUUACAGCGAAAUUCGUUGUAUCGCGCUACUCAUAUGUCAAACUUCGAGGGAAUUUUGGGUUUUCUGUUCCGUCAAUCAUUUUAGUGAAGGCGGGGUUAAUGAAAAUCACAAUGUUACGUGCUCGCCCAGCUUGGCUGAGAAUGACUCUAGACUGGCAAGAAUAGCAAAGGUAAUCGCGAUGAUGAGUGGAUUUUUUCUUGAAUGAAGGAGGCAGACGUUGCUUUAUUCUUGCAAGUGACAAGAAUCAGAAAGAUCAGAAAAAUCUGCAAAGCAAACUUAACUAGUCGAUAAUUCCCCGAAACAGGACGAUCACAACGCAACCUUGAAACGCAAAACAAACAAAACUGAUCGAAAUCCACCAAUCACGGAUCUCAAACCAUGACCUUUUGAACUCGUGCAGGUAAACAAAAUUUCCUAAGAGGUCUGCUAAGAUGAUUGGCAGAACAGAAAAACCCAAAAUUCCUUCGAAGUUUACAAAAACGCACAGCGCGACACAACGAAUUUCGGUAUAAUUUCGACAAGUCCAUCACUAAGAUUGAGGGACUUUUUAUCGUCAUCAUCAUCAUCGUCCGCAUUCUCAUCCUCAUCUUCAUCCUCCUCCUCCUCCUCCUCCUCCUCCUCCUCCUUUUCCUCCUCCUCCUCAUCAUCAUCAUCAUCAUCAUCACCAUUCAUCAUCAUCAUCAUCAUCACCAUCAUUAUCAUUAUCAUCAUCAUCAUCAUCAUCAUUGUCAUUAUCAUCAUCAUCGCCAUCAUCAUCAUCAUCGGUCAUGGUCGUCGUCGUUAUCAUCGUCAUCUUCAUGCUGUGAUGAUGAUGAUGAUGAUGAUGAUAAAAAUGAUUUUUUUUAUUAUUAUUGUUAAUCAUUACUGUCAUUAUAACUACCAUUACGAGGCCAUGUAACACGUUUGGGUGCAAGUAUCAGGGACGCAGAUCAACAAAUGCGUAUGUUCUGCGACACUCUUCUCGAGAAAUUUUUUCCUCUUGUGCAGCCGGUUAACUGUGAAAUUUCUUUCCUUUGGACAGCCGUAUGAAGGCAAGUAGACGCUUAAACUUUUUACCUCAAUUCAAUGGUAUAAUGCAUUUGCACAAAUAUUUCUGCCCAAAAUUUCUUAUUUGUUUAAUUUUUUUCAAUUAAAACCAUUCUCUCUUGUCAAAACGUAUUAAAAAGAAAAUUAAUGCAUUUUUUAGCAAUCCUAUCGAGAUGAAAUACUCAGAGGAAGUUUCUAAAGCUGUUCAAAAACACCCUUAGCACGUGAUUUAUCACUGGUUAAAAAUGAUCGCGCUUCGUGGUCCAAGCCUGGCCUCACGCAGUUUCAUAUGCGUCUAGUUCUGUAAAAUAUCUGUUCGAAGAAUUAAGUAUUGCCUAUGGAAUUUGUGGAUUCUCUAUUCAUACACGAAUUUCGAAGCUUAUCUAAUAAAUUCCCUAGCAUUUUGGAAAGUUGAAAUUUCACAUUUCACCUCCGAGGUUUAGCUAUUAUUACUAGAAAAUACUUCUCAAAAGGAAGCCUACUAUUUUCGGGUGCAAAAUUUGAUUAAUAGACGAAUUAAAAGGAAAUGUCACCUUCAUAAACCUUUAAAUUGCUUCUUUAAUUUUGACGCCCUUUUAAAUUCGGACAGGCUCAAGGAUGACCUAACUAAUGCAGAUUUUGGCUUGAAUUUUGAAUUAAAAUAUAGGAAAUGAAUCUUAUUUUGAACUGCAUAGCGAUAUGAAAGAUGAAGAACCAACUCGGUUGAAAAAGAACCUGAAAAAAAUCAGAUCUGACCGGGAAUCGAACCCUGGCUUAUGUGUUGCCGGUCAAGCCUGAAUUUUUUCAGGUUCUUUAUUCAACUGGGAGGACCGUUUUCGCUGUCGUAUACACAAAUCCUCUAGCGCCCCCUAGAAUAUAUUUCUAACUGCGGAUGGUAGAGUACUCUGGAUAACUUUAGCUUUAACGUUUUUUAUGCUCUUAGGAGGAAACCGUUGUUAAUAACCUGUUAUUAAAAUCAAAGCUAAUCGAGAAAAUCCUAUUUACGAUACAUUUUGUUUAAAAUAACACUUAAUUUCGAUUAAUAAAAUCAUUUCAAUUAAAAAAAUGUAUUCAAAUUAAAAACAGUAUAAAAUAGCGUUUUUAAUGUCUUAUUGAAUAUUUGCGAGUCCCUUUUCAACAUCUAAAUCCGUGUCCGACGGUUCUAAAGGGACUAUUUUAGACUUUCGCGAGCCUCUUAAUUAUAAAGCAAAGCUGAACUUAGCAUGGCAAAUGACACAUUAGCCCGGAUCCAUGGCAUGCUAGUCGCAAAGCUUUCACCCUUCUUUGGGACCGUUCAUUUUUCACAAGAGAGGUGAAGGGGUGAACAUACAGCCUGUAGUGUCUGACGUCUCGCUGAAGGUUGGUGGUGAUUCUUCUUCUUGCAGCAUUUUUGAAAUAAUUCCCGUCUAAGAGCUGUGCGAUGUAUGACCCAUCUCGUCUAAAUAACCAUGUAGCAAACCUCAACUUCGAUACACUCUUCCCGGGACGGCCAGGCUAACAGAGUACACAAGGCAUUGCGGAAGAUCAUUUCCUAGCGGGUUUUCAACAUAGAUUCCAUAAACUCGUCGGACGUUGGUUCCAGUCUGCUUCCUCUUUCUUUCAUUUGACUUUCUGCGGUUUUCUUUUUUCCUUCUCCUUUUGUUGAAGUGCUGUUUGUGUAUUCCCUUGAAUAUGCUACCAUAACUUCUCUUCUUAUUUUCUAGUGCUUCCAUGUCUUGAGUCACCUUUAAUUAGUCAACUUAGCUUCUUAAUAUACAAUGUAUACAUUCCAUCUGUUUUACGUUGAAACCGUGGGCAAAUUCUUCGCCCUGCUUUAAAGCAAGCCCAUUUAACUGAAAGAGUGUGAACUCGUGUUCCUUCACAUUUUUCAACCUUUCCACCAUUCCUCUCUGCUCUUUGAUGGAAGGGUUCAGUUUUCUUCCAUCACUGGGCUUCAGCUGGUACCCUGGCGUUGAAAAGUCUCUCGCCCUUUUUGAACAGCCACGCGCUUUUAGAAAGGUAGCUUCUUUUGUUCAGACGAAGAAGAUGCCAAUGAGAGGCCAAAUGCCACACGUUCAGGGCGAGCUAUCACUAGGGAUCCGAAAUUUUCUUCUCUAUCUUUUGAUUUAUGCUUUUUGAUAAACAGUUCUCUGUAGUAUUGGAAAUUGUAAAUAUUGUCUUCAUAGCAAGUCCAAUCACAUUAAGUAGGGAAUAACAGAAAAUAUCAAAAAAGGUAAAAUCUUGGGAGAGGGUUAUUAUUAUUAUUAUUAUUUAUUUAUGUUUUGGCGGGGGCAAGCGUACAAUGAUAUCCUUGAAAUUCCAUCGCCAUUCCAUCUGUCGUGCUGAAAAGUAAUGGCGUACUUGCGCUUUUUCCCUGUUUCGUGUUGACUGAAUAUCUGGUCUGGAUCCAGUCUCUAUAGGAGUCUGCAUUCGGGUGGCAAAUCCUCACAACAAAGAAAGCGGAACUCUACCUCUUCCAGAAUCAUUAACAACGAUACCCAGCCGCGCAUCUAAGGCUGUGCUGGCUCCCUUAUUUAACUAUUAUCCUGUGGUGUCUAGCAAAACUGGUUCGACGUGAACGUCUUUACACACCAUAUGCAUGCUAAGCGUUCCGCCUCUAGAUCCCUCAGUUCAUUAUGGCGUUGGAUGACAAAUCCGCCCCGUUUGCAUAUCAUAGCGUGAUCCAAAUUGCAAAUGUCCCCAGAAACACAAGCAGACGGCGUAUCAGGAACUUCCCAGUCGUACCUGGGUUUCACAGUAUCUCCGAUCGAGACUCACUCUUGUUUAAAUCAAAGUCCAUAUCUCUAACUGGCACAAUGAUAAACCAACUAGACGUACCUUUCUGAGUAGUCGCAUAAAGUAGAAUAAAAAGUAACUUCUCGGGAGUUUGUUUGAAUUAAAGUCCUACACAAAAAAGAGCAUUGUCUAGAUAUACUAAAUGACAUAAUUUAAUUAGGAAUAAAUUACUGUGUAACAUAACUGAAUAGGGACUUGUUGGUUAACGAAGUAUCUAAUUUUUGGAAGUAUUCCGAUGCAAAAUAUUGAACUUUCAACUAAGUCCUUAGUAUUCAGUGAAUUUGGUGACAUAUCUCUUUGUUAUGAAUAAUUUAUUUGGUUAUUUGAAAAUUUGGCUUUUUUGGGGGGGGGAGAGGGGUGGAGGAGGAUGGGGGGCGAGAGGAUGGGUUGAAAUAUAAUGAAGUUUGUCUUUUCAAGAUUUAAGGAGAGCUUGUUUGCCAUGAGGUAAUUGAAAUUUGGUUUUAAAUUAUUAUCAAAGAUGACCUCCAUUUCAGAUGGACUACGUUUGGCAUAAAAUGCAUUAUUAGCAUUUACAAAAAAACAGAAACUCAACUGAAGUCGUUGAUAUACACACGAAAUAGGAAAGAGCAUAGGACAGAACCCUGAGGGAACCCAUGAGUAAUAACAGUAUCAUCAGUUUUAAUGCUAAAAGUAUAAACAUGUUGCCUGCCCGUGUCGCUUUUAAUUCCACGAAUUUCAUAAUGACUGAGUUUCCUAAUCAAUAUGCUAUGGUCUAUGGUUUGCAGAUAUCGACCCAACAGGCCUGUUACAAGGAGUGCUUACGCAAGUUGGGUGAGUAACAGCUGACCGAUAGGAUUAUUAUCAUUAUCAUUAUUACCAUCAUAAUCAUCAUUUGUAGUAAUAUAUUUAUUUAGUAUCACCCAGCUAGUCAACUAAUGCAAAUCCUGCAUUUUAAUUGGUUACGCUACUAGAGGACUAUUAGUAAUAGUCCUCGAGUGGCGAAGUCCACGGCUUUAAAAAUCUACAGAAACAAUUGCGGCCGCUUCGCUUUUUGUGGAAAUUUCAAAGGAGGUCUUAGAUAAUUUACUGGAUAAUUCCAUCCCAGAAAAGACCGAAAAGGCAGCAAAGUACGGAAUGAAGAUCUUUAAUGGUAAGUUUUGUUUUGUUGUUGUUGUUGUUCACGAGCGAACAACUGCAACAGCUGUACGAAACAGGGCAACUCGGCGAGUGGGAUACCUUGGAUCCGUCUCAACUCCCCCGCACUGCAUGGUUUUACAUAACCUUUUAUUUCGGUAAAAGGGGACGUGAAAAUCAGAGAAAGCUCACCUCAGACAUGUUGGUUCUUCGGUGUACACCUCAAGGACGGUUUGACAGAUAACCCCGACGAAUGCGGCAAUUAAAUGUUUGAGGUUUCUAAUUCAAAGCUCUGCGCGGUGAAAACCCUUGAACGCUUCCUUAAACACCUGAAUCCCAAAUCCCAACCUGCAGCCUCUGUUUCAACGACUAAGAGAAGUGUCAACAAAGUUCAAGCCACAAAAAGAUGAAAUGUGGUACUGAAAUUCCCCCGUCGGUAAAAGCACACUCGAAAACAUGAUGAAAAACAUGUCAACAUCUGCCGGAAUAGCUCCUCAUCUAACUGACCACUGCGUCCAAGCUACAUCAGUUACAGUGCUCUCAGAUCCCAACAUCGCAGCCAGGCAUAUUAAGGAAAAAAUCAGACAACUCCAUUGAAUCGUACUGUUCCAGGGCUUCCUUUCAGCAGAAAGAGAACAUGUUCAACAUAUUGAGCGGCUUCAUCUCUGGUGACGCCGCAGAACCACGAGUUCUUGUACUCAAGGGUGCUUCAACAUCGAAGGAGCUUACUGGAGCAAGCACUCUUUCUGUGGCUCCACUGGAUCAACAGUCAACAGUGAAAAUGAAAUGCCACAGUCUUUCAGCUUUCAUGGCUGCUCUGUUUCUAUGGUAAACAACAACUACAUGCGAUGAACUUAAAAUCUACAAACUGUUGAAAACUUGGCCCAAUUAUCAAUCGCCAACUUGUUUUUUUUGUUUUUGUUUUUGUUUGUUUGUUUGUUAUUUUUUUAUGAACAGUUUUGGCUGGAUUUUCAAGAACUUCACGUCUUUAUGAAUGAAUGAAUUUUCACACGCUACCCUUUUGUAUCACGUGUUUCAAAAACUUGACAGUUAUGCACAUUUAUGCAAAUUUGGCGCAGUCGAGCGUGACGCUUUCUUUUGUUUUAUUCUCAGAUAAAUAUUUCUUCAACUUGCAUUUGCUAACUUUAUUAUUGCCUUUUCUGUCUGACUAGUUGGGUGAUACUAAAACAAUUACACCCUUCGCUCUCAAGGGCCAAGGGUCAAUAGCCCCUUCGGCUUCGCCUCAUGGGCUAUUGAUCCGUAGCCCGCAAGGGCUACGGGUCUAAUUGUUAAAUAUUUAUUCACCUUUUUUCUUUAUUCCUUUAUUUUAAAUAAGAAGUCCUGGGCCUACAUUCUUAAAAAUAAAGAAAUAAAUAAUUAAAUAACUUCAAUCGUGGGAAAAAACAUAGGGAACCCACCACCCUCUUAUUUGUAAACUGCAAAUGGAAAUUAAAUAAGAGAUAAAAUCUUACCUGUUUUGUUCUAUUCUUGAAUCUGCUAUGGUGCGAAGUCAAAUGGAAGUUGUUUUACGAUGCGGAAACUAUAUUCAAGUCGACGCUUUAACCGUUGUUGAUUACACAAGGCUUUAUGUGGUUUGGUUCUCAUUUCACUGUUGGUGUCAGUCGCGCCGGUUGUUAUUAUCGUCUCGUGUUUCGUGGUUGGUUAUUAAUUUAUUAACAACUCGAGAGAGAGUUAGAGAAAAGAGACAAGGGAUGAAAUUAAUUUGAUGACCGAUUUAUUUUCAAGCCGUACUCACGUAUUACGAGCGGUUUUUUCACGAAAUUCAUUCCAACAACAGUUUAAGGGAUAAAAUGUACGGUGGGCCAUUUUUUUUUUUUAUUUAAAAUAAAAAUCUUCGUAUUCAAAAUGGUUGGUUACUGACUUUUCGAUUUAUAAAUGCCUCCACUUGACUGGACCGGAAGUUAACUUUGCCUUUGACUUUGAGUUUCUUGGGCUUUUCUACUUGGCUCUGAGAUUGUUUCAAGUUCGAUUGCAUAUACAUACAGAUAUUGCCUUGUUGUUUUCGUUUUAACUGAGUGGUCAUCGUGGAAUAUUACCUCGCACGGCAUUGCGUCGUAAAGUGGUCCAGUCAACUGGAGGCAUUGAUUGUACAAGAGCGCCUAUCGAGUUUCGACCCUUGUCAUUUACUACCGUUAAUUCAAAUUGUUAAUAAAUAAAUGACCAACGAUGAAACGCGAGACGACAAUAACAACCGACGCGUGACCUCAUAAUUAUAAAGCAUUGUGAAAUCAACAACGGUAAAAGCGUCGACUUGGACAAAGUUUCGCAAAAUAAAACGACGUCCAUUUCACUUCGCACCAUAGCAGAUUCAAGAAUAGCGUGGAUAUUCAAACAUCUGUUUGGUUUUCUAAGCUUAUUGUCAUCAAAAAAUGAGUACAAUUUACGAAUGUUUUAUUUUUUUUCUCGUGAACGCGAGGUUAAAAAAUGCGAUAUACAUACAUUCCUUCCUAGAACUUGAAGUUGAUGAAAGGGCAUGUUAUUGCUAUAUUAUUAUAACAGCCUGUGAACCACUAAGCUAAAACUUAUGUGGUAUUAAAUGAGAUCAUUGUCAAAUCGCUCUAAUUUAACGUUCAUAUUAGGUAUAUAUUCCCUCUCUAUAAUGAUUGGCAGGUUUCAAGAAUGACUAUUUCGGUUUCUGUGUAUAGUUCAGUCAGUCAGACGUAAAGCUCAGUUUCAGGCUUGGUCCGUGCAAAGUCGUUUGACGUAAUGCACAUUAUUAGCCCCCCAAAAUUUUGCUAAGCAUUGUUUUCAAUAGGGAACUUAAGAUGGAGACGUUUUCGGGGCGACGGCGACCGGACUGGCAGAGAAAGCCUGGAACUAAGGCAGCCGUCGCUCCCCGUCAAAAAUAGAACAUUAAGAUCGCAGUGAACUCAGAAGGACGGCGCCUUUAAUUAGAAGAAUACCGAAGAGGAAAAUAUGGCUUCACAUAAAGAAUUAAGAGAAUAAAUAUUUGCUAUGCAGACAACAUGUAUCGGAUGAAGAGUUUCUCGUUUUGUGGAAAAAUUAUGAGUCCAAAAAUCCCGAUUUUCCUCGGGACAGUUACGAUCCGUUCACGCUAAAAAACAUGCGGGAUGCAGCUGAGUUCAAGGCAGAAUUUCGUGUUGAAAAAAAAUGAUCUCCACAGGGUUGCCGAAGCCUUGCAAAUUACAGGAACAUUAAAAUGCUACCAAGGAACCGUAUUCUUAGUUUGGCAUUGAAAUAAUUCCCGGGAAAUACUUGCAUGCAACAACAACAACAACGGCAACAACUUUAUUUCAGUAUUCCCACGCCGAGUUAGUACAUGGUAUUACCUACUAUUCUAUAUAAUUUUCAAUGCGUUUCAUUUAUACGAUGUUCUAACGAAAAGAGCGAACUAAAAACACACAAUUGAAAUAUCGGAGUUCAUAUUUUUUGUCUGGAUACUUUUAUUUGGCUCGUGGGAAAAUUUUGUCCCAUGUCAAGCUCACUUACGGUUGGCUUUUUGCCAAGUUGGAUCUUGACCCUGUGAAAUGAAAACAUAGAAACAUUCAAAGAUGUAAGUUUAGCGAACAUAGCUUGGAAAUCGAGCUUGAAAUGUGCCUCAAAGAAAACAAGGACAAUUUACGAACGAUAAUCUGCAAAAUGUUGGUUGCUAAACGCAACAAACCUGAUUGAAAUGACAGUUAAAUACUCACGUUUUCGCCACAACGCCAAACAGACCAGUUUCACGUCGCCGACGGGACCACGACGGCAAGGUGGUGAGCACGAGCAUGCGCAAUAUCCAACAAAUGAUGAUGUCACGUCCGGUUGAAGUUGCCGUCGCCCCGAAAACGUCUCUAUCUUAAGUUCCCUAAUUUCUCUGGGGACGGCUGUAAUACUCAGGAGAAAUGGAAAACAAAGAUUAUGCAAAAUUUGGGGGGGCAAAUAAGGUGCAUUAUGGGAAAUGUGGAAGGGCCCUAUGCAGCCCUCGGCCUAGUCUUUCGUUUUUUUCGCUCAUAUUAAUUUCCGUCUUAAAUUUUAAAUGCCGGACGUCAACUGGUUAUUUCUAACUGCCCCACACAACCAAAACCUCAAAUAUGCUUUUUUUUAAACUCGAUAAUGAAAUGUUGUCACAGCAACAAAAACACUAAUUCAGCAAUAGUCACGUGACUAAUGACGUCAUAACCCUAGGUGUGACUCGGGAAGAUAUUUUAUGGCAAAUAUUAUCUUGUUGUGGUCUGAAAUUCUUCUACAUAUAAAAUUGUCAAAAUUAUAAAGCUUUUAAAAAAUUGCCUCAAAAGAUUCUGGGAGAUUUUAUAUGAUAAUUAUAAUUAAUAUUUACUUUUAUAUCAUGGGUGUCAAGUUAUUCCUUAAUUUUGGUGUGAAAUUUCCGUGUUAAUUGCCAUGGCUACGUUCCGUACGCGUCAGUUUAUGUUGUGAAUGAACAUGUCAGGGCAUUGAAAGACGCUUUAGAAAACCUAAACACACGAAAGAGCAUCACGAAGGAUUCUAUCAUGUAUUUUGUGGAAACAUUCUGAAAAUUUUCAGUGCGUGUGGAGUUCUUGAUUGCUAAUCGAUCUGAUAAACAUUCCAAAAACUUACGAUUGAGAGGGUUAUUUGUCAUCCAUGAUAUUAAUAGGUAAUCAAAUGGUUUACUAAAGGCUCUAAUUUCACUUGUCACCAUUUUAUUUUUAUGUGUAAAGGGAAACAAGGCAAAUUUGAAAUUUAUCGGAAAAGCAAUAUUUUGAAGAGAAUCAAACGAGGUGGGUUUACUUUACUAGGACUGUUGAAAGUCAUUCGUUUAUUAUUGCGUCAAUCUAGUUUGAAAGGUCAUAAGAUUAAACUUUUCCAGGUUUGUUUUAAACUUUGCUAGUCUACAACUGGGAACCUCUCACUAAUACAUAGAUUGAAUAAGUCCACAAAAACCUACCCCCUCUCUUUUUGUAUUGUUUGGUUUCGUUUCUGUUCUUCCCUGUAGUUACCAGCAAGAAAUAGACACUAUUUGAGAAUUUUAUGAGUUGUGCUUAGUCUGAUGACGAAGAUUCUUUAAGCUGAGUGAGUAGUGCCGAGAUCGUUCCUAUGAAUCAGAAUAACAUUUCCUAUAUUAAGUUUUGUUCAGUUUGAAAAUAACGAAAUUAAGAGGAGAAUAACACCUGCUUUUGAAACUAAUAAAAAUAAACGGAAUAGGUUAGCCUAAGAUCGAUCGGUGGGGGUAGCUAUGGGGCUAUUUUGAUAACAACAUUUCCAGCAUUUCAUCCAUCUAGUAUUAUAAUUUAAAAACAGGCCAAAACAUAACAAAAACCUAAGGGCAACCAAAGCACUUGUACUGUGGAUAACGUUUGCUUGUGGAAUAUUAAAAAUUCACUUCAAAAUCCGAAAUCCUGGGCUUUGGAAUCCGAAAUAAAGCUUAAGGAAUCGAAAAUCACAAAAGAUUGGAAUCUAGAAUUUAAAUUUCACUUACAAAGACUGGAAUGCAGUAGCUGGAAUACGGAAUCCACAGCGUUGAACCCAGAAUUUACGACUGUCUGAUUUUGUUACAUGAAGCGAUAUAAAAUUGUGCUCAGUCGCAGGUACGUCGUUUUGGUGAAAUAUAUUCUGCAGUGUUUCAGGCCAUGCAAUUGAAGAAAAAAGGUGGCUCUCUAAGGAUGAAAAUAAUGCACUCCCGGUAAUAAGACGUUGAAACAUAUCCAGAAAACACAAGAUAGACUAAGUUGUUCGACGAAAUUAGGUAUUGCUUCCCUCUCAUUUUCCCAAUUUUGGUUUGACGGUUUGCUUGGGCAUAAACGUCUUAGACAUCCCCAUCAAAGGGGGAAAGGGUGAACUAAUCGACAAGCGGGAUCGCAAAUGUAGUUUCUAACUGAAGUAUAAAGGCGUUUUUAUUGUUGCCGAUGUUUGUGUUGCUGAAAUCUUUAUUCUUUUGAAAAUGCAGAAACCAGUCAACCUCACCAUUGUACCAAAUGUGAAAAUACGUCUUCGAAUACGUCUUACUUUCUCUCCGUACCUGAAGACAACAUA